UUAUAAAAAGUUUCAAAAGAAAAUUCCAAUUUUUGCUUAACAAUUAACAAUUAACAAAUCGCGUGCCCAAAGGUAAAAGGACAUAACAAUUUAUGCGCCCUUUUACCUUUGCAAAGGUUUUGUCUUAUUUUACAUUUCUUAUUUUACUGCCCUAGAUGUGUAAUAUACUAUUCCUCCUCGACGGAGACGGAAAGCGGAAUUUUCGUUUAGCGCAGCGGGAGGAAAAUUGACGCUUUCCGCCCGGAGGGAAGAAAAAAAUUUGUGCCGUUUGGGUAUAUUCAAUAGGGCGAUUAAAGUGGGAAAUUUCUAAAUAUUUGAAUGUUCUCUAUCAUUGUGAUUUUUUUUUAUUACUUAAUUUUUAUGUAAUUUGUUUUUGAUUGAUUUAUUUUCUAUUUGUUUAUAUCUUGACUUUGUAUAUGAGGCUGUUAUUUGAGUAUAACUUGUCUUGUGAAACUAUUAUUGACCAUUUGGUAUAAAAAAUACAAUUUUUUUUUAUACGCCCUUUUACCUUUAAGUAGUACUUUUCUUAAAGGUGAAAGGGCAUAUGUCUUGAGAUACGCCCUUUCAGCACAAAUCCCUAUUAACCCUUAGCUAUAAGUCCUUUUACCUUUAAGCACGCGAAAUAUUUAUUAACCAUUAAUAAAAAGUCCCUAAACUCGUCAUAAAUAAUUAUUAAGCAGGUCACUGCACUUUUUAUUGUAAUAGCUUGUAAGUUAAUUCACACACUCCUGACAAGUGCCAAGAGGAAAGUAGUUUUAAACUGAUACUCUUGCGGUUAACUUCUUCAGAACCAGUCUGUAAAAAUUAUUUUUAAAUAGAAUACUUCUACAAUUUUUCUAAAUAGUGUUGUUAUUAAAAAUUAAAACCAAUGAUCCCCUCUUAUAACUCUAGCCAGUAAAUUUCACAGCGGCAGACACCUUCUGUCUGUUCAACUGUCCUGUCAUAAUUAAAAAAAAUUUAUUCGUGUAAUAAAAGUGAAUUUCUAAUUUAUAAUGGUGAUUUUUGGGAAGAAAAAUAAGAAUGUCACCCGCCGAUUGCUUGAAAGUAUCGACGAGAUGAAUGAAAGAACGAUAAAUCACGCAGAAAAUGCUGCCUUCAUGCACGUCAGAGAGAACGUCCAGGAACUCGGGAAAGUCGCCGAAGACACGGAUUUGUUGUUCCUUAAAGGAUUGUUGGAUAGUCCUAUUGUUAAUUCACUUGUUAGGUUACAAGAAAGACUAGAAGAACCUCCAAAGCGAAUCGAGCCAAUUUGUCCGAAUAUAAGUGAAGAAGCUGAAGAAAUAUCCUAUAUUUUUGAAACUUCUUUGAACUACGAAGCGCGAGAAUUGUCACGUAUUUUAAAGAAACCUCACGUGAAAGCUCUUUUAGAGACGCAUGACAAAGUUGUGAUUGCUCGAAAAGCUCCAGCUGUACCUGUUUCUUCAGAGAUUAUAAAAAUGCCGAGCUACGAUAGGUCGGAUACUGUAAGAGUUAUUGGUCUACGUCGUCCUCAAAAUGAACCGCUGGGUCUUACAGUCCAAGUAGAUGAAAGGGGAAAUUUAAUAAUCGCCCGAAUUCUCGGAGGCAGUACAGUAUCUAGACAAGGAUUACUUAAUCCUGGUGAUGUUAUCAUGGAGGUCAACAAUAGACCAGUGCACUCUGCUGAUGAGUUACAGCAAGCUAUCCAGGCUGCUAAGGAAAAUUUAUCCUUAAAAGUGCAUCCUGGAAUCUCCAGCGACGUUAAUAAUAAGCCUAUGAAAUCAACUUGCUACAUGCGAGCACUGUUUGACUACGACCCAUCAGAAGACACUCUGCUACCUUGUCGUGAAAUAGGACUUCCAUUCUCGCGCGGCGACAUCUUGCAAAUAGUGGACCAAGCGGACCCGAACUGGUGGCAAGCUCGCCGAGUAGAAGGCGAAGGCCUCGGCAGUCCAGGGCUGAUUCCCUCCUUGGAGCUCGAGGAACGCCGCAAAGCCUUCGUUCCUCCAGAAGCGGACUUUGUUCACAAGAUCGGGAUCUGCGGCACCAGAGUUUCUCGCAAGAAGAAGCGCAAAAUGUACGAGUCAAAGUCCAAUGGUGAGUUUGACAGUGCUGAGCUUCUGCUUUAUGAAGAGGUCGCCAGGAUGCCUCCGUUCCGCCGCAAGACUUUGGCACUCGUAGGGCCUAGAGGAGUCGGCAGGAGGACUCUUAAGAAUAGGUUGAUCAACAGCGAUCCUGAGAAAUUUGGGACCAUUGUUCCUUAUACUUCUCGACCUCCGAGAGUCUUGGAAGAAGACGGCAAGAGCUACUGGUUCACAGACCGCGACUCUAUGGAAAACGAUAUAAAGCAGCACCGCUACUUAGAGUUUGGCGAGUACGGUAGCCAUCUUUACGGCACAAAGCUGGACUCUGUGCGUGAGUUGAUCCGUGCUGGGAAAAUGUGUGUGCUCGACUGCAGUCCAGGUGCUCUAAAAACUCUUCACAACAGCACGGAGUUCAUGCCCUACGUCAUUUUCAUAGCUGCUCCAGGAAUGGAGCAGCUGAAGACUCUUUACGACCAUGGAAGAUCCACCGGUGCUAGCAGUCGAAAUUUGACCUUUGAUCGUCAAAGUUCCAUACGAUACAGUUCCCGGCGUGCUAGGACUCUAGAAUCACUCGCGUCAUUGUACGAGGAAGAUGACCUGAGAUCGACGCUGGAAGAAUCAGCAGCCUUACAACGAGCCUAUGAAAAGUACAUCGACCUCGUAAUUGUAAACGAAGAUUUCGACAAUACUUUCCGACAGGUGGUCGCUGCUCUUGACGCACUGGCUACUGAGCAUCAAUGGGUACCUGUCAAUUGGAUUUAUUAAAAUUUUUUUACGUACUUUUCGGGUCAGGGUUGCAAAAAUUUUAUUUUUUCUAUCU